GCAUAGGAAAAAUUGCAAAACAAUAAAGCAAACAUCUCUAAGGCAGCUAAAUUGGAUACACAACUCAACUCUCUGAGGAAAAAGAAGUAAAUUGAACUUUUUGGAUCUUCAUAUUCCAGAUACUGAAGGACAAUGUGAUACCGGUCUUAAAAGGUGAGGAUCCACUAAAAAGGAUGGCAUUUACGCAACAUGUGUACCCAAAAAUUCUGAAUGUCCGAUUACAGACAUUGUCAUUACAAAUAACUCAGUAAUAUCUUUUGAUAAGAAAAACUAUGAAAAGUAAAACUUUACUCUGACUUUAUAGAAUCUCCCUGUCAGAUACUCAUAUGCUUUAUUACUCUAAAAGUAGCUCCCAUCUACCAGUUGUUGAAUUCAAGCUUACAGAGGGAUCUCCAUGUAUUAAUGCUGAGGAGCUAUAUCAUACAACUUCAAAAUUUAACAAAUUAUCAAAAAGUGAUAAAUCUGGAUGCAAUACUAUUCUUGGAGACAACAUUAUUUUUGAUGAGAGAUACAGAUUUGUCACAAGUGAAAGUAAUUACGAGAUGGUGCCACCAAAAGCUCAUUGGGGGCGAGGCUGGGGAAAAGCAUCAACAAUGAACUUGUACCAGAAGUCAUACGUCAGAUGGAACUCUGAGUGUUAUAAUAGCGUACUUUCUCCAGAAGAAACGUUCGUUAAUAUAGAUAUCUUUGAGUCAGUCGCUGCCUGGCAAUCGGUCUUCAGCCAAAUCUCUCUUGUUGAUAUGGUAGUAACAUUUGUUUUUGGAGUUGUCAGUUUAAUAGAUAUGGUUAAAAGACUCUUCUUCAGGGGAAAAUCAGGCAAAUGGGUCAAAUGGUUUGAUAAUAUUAAUAAUGAAUGGACAAUGCUCAUUAAUUUCACCAAGAUUGUCUUUGCUUACUUUUGUGUGAGCUAUAUUGAUCUUUAUGAGAGUGAUAUUAUUGAGGUCAGUGUCAGUACUUGCUCUGAUAAAAUCACAAAUCAUAGCUUUGAAGUUCUUGGAAAUUCUCUACUGGAUUCUAGAGAUGACGAUAUAACUGUCUUGAAGAUAACAAUUUUAAUGCUUGCAUUUGAAGUCACAAACUACCUCCUUCCAAACCUACUACACCUCAGAAAGCACCAACAAAAACAGAAGCUUAAGAAAGAUUAG